CUUUAAUUUAGGAGAAUGCUAUGUACAGAACAUUUGAAUUACUUAUGUGCAAUAUUAUUUUUUUUAAUCGAACUCAAAAUUCACUAUGGGAGUUUAUUAUUCUAUAAAUAAAGAAAAUGGUUGUAUUCAUAAUAAGAUUUUAAAAGGGAAAAUUAUUUCAAAUAUUCAUAUAAACAAACGUAAACGUUCUGGAUCACGGAAAUAUUCACAUAAAUCAAAUUCAUAUAUAAUUAAAGUGAUCAAUAUUACUGCUAAUAAUAAAAAUAUCUUAAACCAUAUGAAUACAAGUUCAGAAAGUAAAUCUAUAGAUAAAUCACAAAUUACUUUUAUUUCUUCAAUGAAUUCAAGAGGAUGUAUUUCACCUACUUUACCUAGACGAAAGUCACCAACACAUAUACAUGCCAAAAUUUUUAAUAGUUGUGUUCCACUAUCUGGUUUACGUCGAUCAUUAUCUCUUCCAAAACAGAACAGUUUAUCAAAUAAGAACCAUUCUCCAGAAUCAAGAUUAGGAAUACCAGGAUCGAAAUGUUUGUCAAGAAACAAUUCAAAGUGUUCAGCAGCAGAGGGAAAUGCUUCACCGAUUGGUGUUGAACUUUCACUUCCUUCUGGUGGUUGUUCUAAAGACCUGUUGAUGAAGUGGAAGAGUGGUAAGCAUGGCCAGUCGUCUCGUGAUAAACGCGAUAAGGAGUUUGACUAUGGUCAAGAUAAUCUUGUAUUCGAGAACUGCUUGGAUUGUAUCGAUGAUCAAAUGACAAAUACAACCAUUCUUUCCAGUGAUUACACGUCUUCUAUGGAUGACUGUUCCUCUAUUUUUUAUGAUCCUAUAUUGGCUAAACUUGAAGCAGAAUUACCUGUUCCACCGCCUCCUCCACGUGCUUGCCCACCUUGGCUUAAAGCUGCUCUUGCUAAACAAGAAGCUUUAGGCAAAGAACCAAUCCAGAAAUUUGAUUUUAAAGAUAGAUGUUGCGUAUCAUCCUCGUUGCAAUUACCCACAUCUCAGUUAUCCCCUCUUCCAUCUGACUUGGAUCAACAUAAAGCUUUAAGCCUUGGAAAUAGCCGUUUUAAUGUUCGCAUUUAUCCAAUUAUACAAAAUGGAGUAAAAAUAAGUGAUACACACUAUUGGCUUCUCGAUCCUCCUCGGUCCAAAACGUUACGCGAUAAUUCUACACUUAUGCAUAGAACAACUGAAUGUUUUCGUGUUCCUCCAUCUUCACCACUGGACAUUUAUUCUACAAUUGACGGUUAUACAAACAUUGAAUCCACCAGUUUAUGUCCUCCAAACGAGUUACCACUGAAAGAUGUUAAACUGAGACGUGGUAAAUCUGAAAAUUGUAAAGAUUCUUUAAAAAAUUUCCAUAGAGAAUUAGUUUUACGUUUGAUGAAAGAAGUUCCACAAGCUACUGAAUCUGAAUGUCAAGCUGUAUUAAUAGGCAGCAGUUAUGAUUAUGAAGAAGCUACUAGAAGAUUAAAAUUUGAAUUACUAUGCCGUAAAGGUUAUGUAUCUCGAUCACAUAGUAAACGUUUAUUACAUAAAUAUAAUUGGGAUUUAGAUGCAGCUAUUUCACGAGCUCAUUAUGAAUAUGAAUUUCGAAAAUUAAAACGUCAAGAAAAAGAACAAAUACCAUUUGAUGAUAUAGAUCAAUUAUCAUAUUUUAAUCCAACUAAAGAUUGUAAUAAAUAUUUAACACAUUCAUCAACUUCAUCAGAUUCUUCUUUAUCAAAUUUACCAUGUUCUGUUAAUCAUCAAUCAGUUAUUUCACCAUGGUAUGAUGAAGAUCGAAGAAGUAAUUUAUUUUAAUUGAAUAUUUUCAACUCUGUGAGAUAUAAUGGUAUAGAUUAUUUUAACUUGACAAUUAUUCUGUAUUAAAAGAGUUUUUAUUUGAGAAUAUACAUACGGAUACAUACUUAUAUACAUCAAUCAUAAUCAUUUCAGAUUAAAGAAAAAUUUUCUGUUACCAAAGGUAAAUCAAUUUUUUUUAAAAAUUUAUUUACAGUUUUCAUUUAUUUAUUCUGUAUCGAUCGAUAGAUUUGUUCUUUUUUCUCUCUCUCUCCCUCCCUCUGUCGUGUUACCGGUGUGUUCAUAUGUAUGGAUUGUUUAUAACAGAAGUGUCUUAAAUUAUUCGAUUGUUUGUUGUGUUUGUUUAUUUGGAGACAAGGUGAUUUGAUUGAGGUUCUGAUUGAGGUUAAAUUUACAUACCUUUGCAUAUAUAUAUAAGCAUUUACAAAAUGAUCAAUACAAAAAGGAAAAAAAAUAAUGUACUUUUCAAAGAUAAUUUGUCUGUAUUAGUGACACGGUUUAUGAAAAAGAAACAAGUGUGCUGUAAGGUGAAUUUUCUUUAUUGUACACGUUAUUACAGAAUGAGCACACAUACAUAACUACAUACAUACACAUAUAUAUCCUCUAAUUGUACAUAAACCCAAACACAAUACUUAUAUUGGUAAAUUAAUAAGAAAUAAUAAUAACACUAAUAAUCUAUUAAUAAGAAGUCUAGUCAGUUAGUAUAUUUCUUCUCUUCACAAAGUGAAUUCGUUUUAUGUCUUCCACUUCUUCUUCUUCUUCUUC